AUGCUGCGCCGACCUCCAGUCGAUGCGCGGGGGUCCUCGCAGCAGCACAAGCUCUUGCUCGCCUUGGCCGUCUUCCUCCUCCCCUGGCUUCAGCUCGCCGAUGCUCAGCAGCAGCAUCAACACGCCACUCCCUCGUCUGUCUUUCCCCAACACAAAUCAAACAAUGGCGGCUCCCAUCCCUCUUCCGCCGACUCCGCCGCCCUCCGUGACUGGGCCGCGACGCAGCUUCACGCCCUUAAGGCUGACGCCAACAAGAAGCCUUCGUCGGCCCACGAACAGUUGAUCGACCACCCUCGACAGCCAGUCGACCGCGACGACUAUACCCACAAACCCAGCAAAAAAAAAAAGAGCAAGAGGAAGCACCUCUUCAUCCCCGACGAUGCGAGCGCCCUCGCAACUUUGGCUCCGGCUCAGUCCGUCCGAGCACCACGUCCCCCCCGACACCAACGGCCCAGCAGCGUCCCUGCUUCCGGGCUCGCCCCGCAGCAGAUUGCGCGGAGUCUGGAGGACUGGGAAGUACAAGACUUUGUUCUUCUGGCGACCGUCGAUGGAGACCUCUACGCUAGCGACCGCAAGACAGGCAAGGAACGCUGGCACCUCGAGGUGGACCAGCCCAUGGUCGAGACGACGCACCACCGCGCAAACAAUUCGGUUCUCGACGACGACUAUAGCCCCGUCGACCACUACAUCUGGGCUGUCGAACCCAACCGCGACGGAGGCGUCUACGUCUGGGUCCCCAGCCCGGACUCCCGCCCUCGCGCCACCGGCUUCACCAUGAAGCGCCUCGUCGAGGAGCUGGCCCCCUACGCCGGCGAGGAGCCGCCCGUCGUCUACACGGGCGACAAGAAGACCACCAUGAUCACCCUUGAUGCCGCCACUGGCCGCGUCGUUAAGUGGUUUGGCUCCACCGGCUCCCACAUCAACGAGGCGGAGAGCUGCCUCCGUCCAAACGCCCUCUAUAACAAGGAUGCCAGGGAGUGCAGCUCUACGGGCACCAUCACCCUCGGCCGCACCGAGUACACGGUCGGCAUCCAGCGGCGAGAUGGCCGGCCCAUUGCCACGCUUAAAUAUGCCGAGUGGAGCCCCAACAACUACGACAACGACCUGUUCCAGCAGCAUCACGUUUCCCUCGACAGCCGCUACAUCACCAGCCAGCAUGACGGCAAGAUAUACGCUUUUGACUAUGCCCGCGCAGGCCACGCGGCCCCCGUGUUUAGCCACAAGUUUUCUGCCCCGGUCGUCCGUGUCUUUGACGUCUGUCGCCCCUGGGAUGCCGCCGCCGAGAGCAACCCCGAGCUGGUGGUGCUCCCCCAACCCACGAUGCCAUCGCAAGAUGAGGGCAUUGCGCGCAUGCGAAGCAACAGCCUCUUCCUCAACCAGACAGAGGGCGGCAGUUGGUACGCCCUGUCGGGCCGCCAGUAUCCCCUUAUCAUUGAUGCUCCUCUAGCGCAGGCUACGAAUCCCGGCUGGUGGGACAUGGCAUCCGCGUGGGAUAGCAUGAAUGAAGCAAAAAUUACGAAGGCCCUCGUCGGCAUGCACUCAAUUGACUCGAUCCGCAACGACUCUCCGCAGCCUCCAACCCUCCCCCGGGGCACCAUCACGGACGGGAGCGAAGACUUAGAUGAUGACUCCAACCUUCCCGUGUUACCGGACGGAGAAGCAGAUGAGGCAACAAUCAUCAACAAGGUCAAGGGACUCCCGCAGAGCGCCGCCAACAGCGUUGUCGACUUCAUCAAGAACCCGAUCCUCUUCCUCCUAUUCUUCGCGGCUCUGGUCUACAACGAGAAAAAGCUCCGCAGGUCAUACCAUCGCUGGCGCUCGAGCGGUAAUCUGAGAGAUACGUUUCUCUACCUAACUUCGGAUCCUUCCGCGGAGAAAGAUCGAGGUCUGCAAGUGGACGCUGCAAGAGAAGCCUCGCGGAAGUCGCAUAAAAACGAUGAGGACCAGCCUGCGCAGGCUAAACAGGCUCUCGACGGAUCGGCCGAGGCCCGGCAGCCGGGCAAGACGGAGGUGUCUGAUGCCACCACCGAUGCCCAAGCCGAACAUAGCGCGGCCGAGUCCAAGGCGGAGUCCGGAGCCCAAAACAGCCCGGCGGACCCCUCUUCGCCAGGUACUGCACCAGAACGGAAGAAGAAGGCACAUCGUGGAAGGCGGGGCGGUGUCAAGCACCGCAAAGGCCGGGCCCUGGAAGCAUCGCAGUCCAGGGGGGACGAAGCGGCGCCUACGACAGUGGAGGAGGCUGUGAACAAUGCCAAGAAGCUCGGUGACAGGCCAAGUCUCGAGCCUGAUGUCAUGACGGUUGCCAACGACAUGCAGGCCGUCACUGGCCCGAUCAUCAGGAUGGGCAACAUUGAGGUCAACACAGAGGUGCAGCUGGGAACCGGCAGCAACGGGACGCUGGUGUUCGCCGGGCGGUUUGACGGACGAGAGGUGGCCGUGAAGCGGAUGCUGAUUCAGUUUUACGACAUUGCCUCUCAGGAGACGAGGCUGCUCAGGGAAAGCGACGAUCAUCCCAAUGUCAUUCGGUACCAUUCGCAACAAAUCCGAGACGGGUUCCUGUACAUUGCGCUUGAGCGUUGCGCCGCGUCCCUAGCAGACGUGGUCGAGCGGCCCCACGCACUCCGCGAACUGGCCAACGCCGGACGCACCGACCUGCCGGGCGUCUUGUACCAAAUCACCAACGGCAUUAGCCACCUGCACGCCCUGCGCAUCGUCCAUCGGGAUCUAAAGCCCCAGAACAUCCUGGUCAACAUGGGCAAGGACGGAAAGCCCCGGAUGCUCGUCUCCGACUUUGGCCUGUGCAAGAAGCUCGAGGGGGGCCAAUCCUCGUUUGGGGCAACGACGGGAAGAGCAGCCGGGACGUCGGGGUGGCGGGCCCCCGAGCUCCUGCUUGACGACGACGCGCGCGAUGCCGGUGUCGUGGAUGUCAGUACGCACAGCGGCUCUGGGUCGGUGCUCGUCGGGGACAGCGGGAUGCCGCACGGCAGGCGGGCGACGCGGGCCAUUGACAUCUUUUCCCUCGGCCUCGUCUUCUUCUACGUCCUCACCAACGGCUCGCAUCCGUUUGACUGCGGCGACCGGUACAUGCGCGAGGUCAACAUCCGCAAAGGCAGCUACAACCUGCGCCCGCUCGACUCGCUGGGCGACUUUGCGCACGAGGCCAAAGACCUGAUUGGGUCAAUGCUGGACGCAGACCCCAAGAAGCGCCCGAGCGCCCGAGAUAUCAUGUCGCACCCGUUUUUCUGGUCGGCCAAGAAGCGGCUGUCCUUUUUGUGCGACGUGUCGGAUCACUUUGAAAAAGAGCCGCGCGACCCCCCCUCGUCAGCCCUCGUGGAGCUGGAACGGCACGCGCCGCAGGUGACCAAGGGCGACUUUUUGCGCCUGCUGCCCCGCGACUUUGUCGACUCGCUGGGCAAGCAGCGCAAGUACACGGGCUCGCGGCUGCUGGAUCUGCUGCGGGCGCUGCGCAACAAGCGCAACCACUACGAGGACAUGGCCGACGCCCUCAAGCGCGCCGUCGGCCCGCUGCCCGAGGGCUACCUCGGCUUCUGGGCCGUGCGCUUCCCCAUGCUACUGCUCGUCUGCUGGAACGUCGUGUAUAACGUCCAGUGGGAGGAGACGGACCGCUUUCGCGACUACUAUGAGCCGGCGGGCUUGUGA